AUGAAACGAUUCCUCUCCAACGUCCGGAGAGCUGGGAACAACGAAUCUCUCGGGGAAUUCGGCAAGAUGAAACUCCACGUCUGCUCGAGCUCGAACCCGACUCGCCAAUUGGAAACGAUCGACGAUUUACCGGAAGACGCGACCGUGCUCGACCUGAAGAAACGCUUCCACAUGAAGAAACGAAAGUAUUACCCGAGCCGACAGCGGUUCACGAAGUUUAUUAAUAAGAGUGAAACGGAAAAAGAAGAGGAGGAAGAGGAAGAGAAGAAGACGAAGAAAAAUGUCUUCAAGGGCGAAGCGUUAGUGCCGGAUGGGAAAAAGCUGAGCGAAUUCGGAAUAGGGUACGGAGACGUCGUCUUGUUCAAAGAUUUAGGCCCGCAAAUCAGCUACCAGGCGGUCUUUUUCUGGGAAUAUUUCGGUCCUCUGAUGGUGUAUUUACCGUUUUAUUUCUAUCGCGAGAGAAUAUACGGACGGUUUUUUGGAUUCUCGCCGAAGGAGUGCGCGAAGCCGUUUGUUCGGGCGCAAACGCUCGCGCUGUGGUUUCACUCGGCGCAUUACGCGAAGAGAAUAUUCGAGACGUUUUUCGUGCACUCGUUUUCGAGAGCGACGAUGCCGAUAUUCAAUUUAAUUAGGAACUGCGGGUAUUAUUGGACAUUCGCUGGUUUGAUGUCGUAUUUUAUUAACCAUCCGAGGUACACGAGUCCGGGGGAUAGGCAAGUGACGAUUGGGUUCGUCCUGAGCGCUUUGUUUCAGCUCGGGAAUUUCAGGUGUCAUGUGAUUCAAAAGAGAUUGAGAAGCAGUGGGGGGUCUUCUUCUUCUUCUUCUUCUUCUUCUGAGACGAAAUACGUCAUUCCGAGCGGGUUUUUGUUCGAUUACGUGACGUGCGCGAAUUAUUGCUGCGAGAUUUACCAGUGGUUGGGCUUUAACAUCGCCACGCAAACGGCGUUUGGAUAUUUGUUUUUGAUGGCCGGGAUGAGUCAAAUGUUCCCGUGGGCGGUGCAAAAACACAAGAGGUUGAAGAAACUGUUCGACGGGACCAACGGGAGGAAGAAGUUCAAGCGACGAUUUAUCGUUUUGCCGCCGUUCUUUUAA